AUGACUGCAUCUGUUGAUGAUUCUCCCGCUAGGGAGCAUGUCCCUGACCAUAUCAUACCUGAGCAGAAUGGAGUACAUUCUACUCAGAAACCUUUCACUCCCAUUGCCAUCUGUGGAAUGGCAUGUCGCCUCCCAGGGGGCAUAUCCACUCCACAAGAACUAUGGGAGUUUCUCCUAAACAAAGGAGAUGCGCGAUCACCUAUACCUGAAAGCCGCUACAAUCUGUCGGCUUACCAAUCUCUAGGGGGAAAGCCGGGCACGACGAAAGCCGAAUUUGGCUAUUUCUUGGAUCAAGACGUCGAUAUUGGCGCCAUUGACACAUCGUUCUUUUCUAUGCCUCGUUCUGAAAUCGAGCGCGUUGACCCACAACACCGAUUGCUGCUCGAGGUGGCGCGAGAAGCUGUUGAUGACGCAGGCGAAAUCAAUUGGCGUGGCCAGAAUAUUGGAGUCUAUGCUGGAAGCUAUGGCCAGGAUUGGUAUGACCUUUCCGUCAGUGACUCGCAAAAGUACAGCAGGUAUCAGGUCACUGCCAACCACGAUUUCAUGCUUUCAAACCGUAUAUCGUACGAGAUGGAUCUGCGUGGGCCAAGCUUAACAAUCCGGACCGGCUGUUCAGCUGCCCUGGUGGGCCUGAAUGAAGCAUGCAUGGCUCUCGACCGAGGUGAUUGUAAAUCUGCAAUUGUUGGAGGUACCAACCUUGUUCUAGCACCUGGCUUGACCACUGCCAUGUCUGAGCUUGGUACACUCAAUCCAGAUGGAUCCUGCAAGACUUUCUCUGCCAAUGCCGAUGGAUAUGGAAGAGGCGAAGCAAUUGUGGCUAUAUUUGUAAAGCCCUUACAUGACGCCUUGCGUGAUGGCAAUCCAGUGCGAGCUGUGAUACGCGGAUCAGCCGUAAAUCAUGACGGCAAGACCCAAGGCGUGACUGUUCCCGGAACAGACUCGCAGGAGGCGCUGAUUAGAAGGGCAUACGAUAUAGCAGACAUUUCAGACCUGUCACAAACUGCAUUUUUUGAGUGUCACGGGACUGGGACGCCUGUUGGGGAUCCGAUUGAGACGGAGGCUGUGGCUCGAGUUUUCGGACAUAGUGGAAUACAUAUUGGCUCAGUCAAGGCAAACUUGGGUCAUUCUGAGGGAGCUUCGGGUUUGACAUCCGUACUGAAGGCAGUCCUUGCGCUGGAACAUCGGAUAAUCCCGCCCCAAAUCAAGUCAAGCCCACCAAACCCAGCAAUCCCUUGGAAACGCGGCCGACUGACUGUCCCAUCCGAACCUUUGGCUUGGCCCCCAUGUUGUGAGGAGCGUGUCAGCGUUAAUUCCUUUGGAAUCGGUGGCACAAACGCACAUAUUAUUCUCGACUCAGCAAGCAGCUUUGGUAUAACACGGCACGAUCUGCCCCAAGCUACAAUCCAAGAAGAAGGUAAAUCACAAUUGUUGGUGUAUUCAGCCAAUACCACCGAAUCUGUCCAGCCAUUGGUCGAGAGAUAUGAUGCCUUCCUCAAGAAGAACCCCAUCUUAUUGUCGGAUGUCGCAUUCACUCUUGCGAACAGACGUGAACAUCUGCCUUAUCGGUCCUUUGUCGUAACCAACGAAAGAGAUGUGGGGUCUAUCACUGUGCCGACUUCUGUCGCAAAGCCAAGCCGGAAAUCUUCUCUUGUCAUGGUAUUUACAGGACAGGGUGCGCAGUGGGCCAGGAUGGGCUGCGACCUAAUGGAGUCAAACUCUGUAUUCAGAGACACCAUCAAACAUCUCGAUGCACAUUUGCAGGCUUUUGCUGCGCCGGGCUGGACCCUCGAGGAGGAAUUAGCCAAGCCAGCAAGCACAAGCCGUGUAAACCAGGCAGAGCUUUCUCAACCGCUAUGUACUGCGCUACAGCUGGCUUUGGUGGACAGUCUUGCCUCGGUCGGGGUCACGCCUGCAGCGGUAGUUGGUCACUCCAGUGGGGAGAUUGCCGCAGCUUAUGCUGCUGGGGCCCUGACUCGGGAAGAUGCUAUCAUUGUGGCCUACUAUCGUGGGCUGCUGUCAACGAGACAAGCAAAGAGUGGCGCCAUGGCAGCACUUGGGCUAAGUUGGGCUGAAAGUCGCCAAUUUCUGGUCCCUUCUGUGGUCUUGGCUUGCGAUAACUCGCCUCACAGCUCGACUAUUUCGGGAGAUGCAGAGGGAGUGGCACAGGUCGUAGCUGCUGUCAAGGAGGCACGUCCAGGCGCCCUAGCUACUGUCUUGAAGGUCGAUCAGGCUUACCAUUCUCACCAUAUGGUUGAGAUCGGCAGUGCCUAUCACGCAGCGAUGCAGGAUGCCAAAGUCGCUUCAUCGGCCCCUUCAAAGUUGUUCUUCUCCAGCGUGGCUGGAGCACUUCUCGAAAAUCCCGACGCGACGCAUCUGGGACCCAAAUAUUGGCAGACCAACUUAGAGUCUCCAGUGUACUUUCGGGCUGCUGUCUCGGAUAUUUUCGCACACAAAGACCUGCCCAAUCCAAUUUUGGUCGAGAUAGGUCCGCAUUCAGCACUUUCUGGACCCCUACGACAGAUUCGAACGCAGUUUUCGAGCGAGGCACCAAUAAUCUCUGCACAAGUACGGGAGCAGAAUAGUUAUGACACCUUCCUAUCUUUACUGGGCACACUGUUCACUUUGCAUGUCCCUGUCGAUUUCAAAUCAUUGUUUUCAGGAGGCAAAUGUCUCGGAGAUCUCCCUCGAUAUCCAUGGAAUCACCCAGAAAGCCACUGGUUUGAGACGAGGGUUGUGAAGGAGUGGAGACUGAGACGUGACCCGCAUCAUGACCUCCUCGGAUCGAAAAUACCUGAAAGCACGGAAUCUGAACCGGUUUGGAGAAAUCUCUUUCAUCUGGAAAAUGCACCGUGGGUUCGGGAUCAUAAGAUCAAGCAGGAUGUCAUAUUUCCGUUUGCUGCCUACGUAGCUAUUGCCGGCGAGGCUGUGCGGCAGGUCACUGGUAUUCAAGACGGGUUCAGCCUACGAAAGAUUAUUGUUAGCAAGGCAAUGAUCGUAGACCAGGAGAAGCCGACAGAGAUCAUCACAGCUCUGAGGCAACAUCGCCUCACAGAUACGCUAGAUAGCCAGUGGUGGGAGUUCUCAAUCUCUUCACAUAACGGCCAUGUCUGGACAAAGCAUUGCGUUGGCGAAGUAAAGGCUGAAGCGGAUAUUGACGCUCGGCCGGUAACAUUGCAAAUUAAUCUCCCUCGCAGAGUUGAAUCAUCCAAAUGGUACGAAACUGUGCGGAGGAAGGGUCUGGACUAUGGCUAUCAUUUCACCUGUCUGGAAAAGAUAUCAACUUCGACGUCAUCGCGCCGCUCAGGUCUGGCCAAUGUACGUAAUAAUUGGCACGGAGAUGAAGCCAACUAUCACUUGCAUCCGGUCAUUCUGGACGCCUAUUUUCAGCUGCUUAGCUGUGCAGCUUGGCACGGCUCCGCACGAGACUACCGGCAAGUUCUUCCCACAAGUAUUGCAUCUCUGACAAUAUUUCGCUCCACUGUGGAUGAUAUUGCGGUAUCAGCGUCUGCCGAUAUCACUGCUACAGGACUCACUGGUGAAGGUCUUGGUGUGGCGGGGACUCGAGUCGUGUUGAAGGUCUCGGGUACCAACAUGACUCCCCUCGACGACCCAAUCGAUGAAGAGCUUGACGACGAUAUUCCUAUCACAGCAAGGUCCGAGUGGAUACAGCACAUUGGCUUUGACACAACGGAUACGCUUGUUUGUCCCAAUGAUUGGCAAAGCUCAUAUGGCGAUGCUCUGGACGAGAUCGCACUCUUGGCAUCCACAAUUUGCCGGAAGAGCGUCCAACCAGGCACAACGGUAAUAACGUCGAUGCGAAAGUACAAGGCAUGGUUGGAUGCUCAGGAUGUCGAGUUGCUACAAGAAGACACUGCCGUACUACAGGACCGGCUCGAUAAACGCGUGAUGUCAUUGAGUGACACUCCGACUUACGAUGCCGCCAUGGCUAUAUCAAAGAUUUGCGCCAACGCCGUCGCGCUGUACAGCGGCACCAAGCACCCGCUUGCGAUUUUGAACGGAGACGAUACGCUUGGCAAAUUUCUAACUUUCGUACAUAAAUACAAUAGCGAGGCUUUCUUUAGACGCCUAGGACUAAGUACGCCAAACCUCCGAGUCCUCGAGCUCGGUGCCGGGGAAGGCACAGCAACAGCCGACUACUUGAGCUAUCUGACGCAAGCAAAUGGCCAGAGGCUCUAUUCUCAGUAUAUUCUUUCCGAUCCGUCGCCACAUGUAGUCAAGGCGGCAAAAGGUCGUUACAAGAGCACACCAGGUCUCGAUUUUGCCUCGUUGGACAUCGGCAAAGACCCGAGCAAGCAAAAAUUUCCCUUCUCUCAGUUUGAUUUGAUCAUUGCUUCUGGAGUCCUGACUUCCACGCCAAACCUCAAGAAAAGCCUGGCACACAUGCGGACGCUAUUGAGUCCCCGCGGCAGGCUACUCAUUCAGGAGACAAGACCAGGGUUGUUGUGGGUCAAUUAUGUUCUCGGUACGAUUCCGACUUGGUGGAAGGCUUUUGAGGAUGCUCGAUCUGACGGGCCGCUCGUUGAAAUGGGGAGAUUGGAAGAAGAACUACGGAUCGACGGAUUCGAGAUCGACUUCCAUGAAGUAUCUCGCACGAACUCAGUCCUUGUAGCCAAGCCCGUGCGCGAAUUACAAAGGGGGAAAAUCACUGUGCUUGGAGGCAGUGCAACAAGUGAGCCGAGCAGAUUAGAGGCAGAAUUGCAAGCACGUGGGUACGAGCUAUGUCACUGCACAUUGCAAGACGAACCGACCCCAGGGCAAGAUAUUCUUGCUCUUCUUGACGACGAAGGACCGUUCUUGGACGACAUUGAUGCAGGGCGGCUGGAUGAUCUCAAACGUUUCGUGGCCCGCAUCUGCGAGGCUGGACUUUUCUGGGUUACCCGUGCAUCACAGUCAGUGUGUAAUGAUCCUAGGUACGCGCCAAUCAUAGGACUAGCACGUACCAUUCGCUCUGAAACUGCCAUCGACUUUGCUACGUGCGAGACAGAAAGUCCGCAGGCAUCCAUUCCCGAGGUAGCCGAUGUCUUCGACAAAUUCUACACACGGCAAGGUGACGAUGCCAUGGGUCCAGACUUGGAAUAUUCCGUCUCUGACCGCGGUGUUCGUGUCAACCGUUUCUUUCCUUUCUCUCUCGACGACCAUUGCGAUUCAUCUCAAGACAAAAGCGAUGCAGUUUUGAAUGUCGGUCGCCCGGGGCGUCUUGACUCGUUACAUUGGCUAGCUCGAACAGCCUUGGCUCCCCAAGGUGACCAGAUUGAGAUGGAAGUCCACGCACUCGGCCUAAAUUUCAGGGAUGUUCUCAUUGCUAUUGGUGUUCUCGACCUUCCCAAGGAUGAGCUUGGCUACGAAGCAGUUGGUGUGGUUCGGCAACUUGGUCCCGAAGCAACCAAGUUCAAGGUCGGAGAUCGGGUGUGCCUCGUUGGUACCAAGACCUUUGCCACCUGGGUAACCGACACGCAGGAUCUUUUUGUGAAGAUACCUAACAAUUUGUCGUUUAUUGAUGCAGCAACCAUGGUUCUCGUUUUCGGGACUGCAAUUCAUUCCUUGAUCAACAUGGGUCGCCUCCAGGAGGGGCAGUCAGUAUUGAUUCAUAGCGGUUGCGGUGGUGCUGGGCUCGCUGCUAUUCAGAUUGCGCAGAUGAUCGGAGCCGAGAUCUAUACGACUGUCAGUAGCGAUCUCAAAGCAACGUAUUUGAUGGAGUCCUUUGGAAUCCCUAGAAGUCACAUUUUUGAUUCACGCAGCACUGCCUUUGUUGAAGGGAUCAUGCGCCAGACAAACAACCGAGGAGUCGACGCCAUCUUGAACUCGCUGUCUGGCGAACUACUACACGCGACAUGGAGAUGUGUAGCCAAAUUUGGAACAAUGGUCGAGAUUGGCAAGAGAGAUAUACUUGGCGCGGGCAAGCUGGAUAUGGACAUGUUUCUGGACAACCGGAAUUACUGCUGUGUUGACAUUGACCAGCUGCGUGCCGAGAGACCGAAGGAACUUGCCAAGGUUCUAGGUUCCAUGAUGGAAUACUUCCGCCAAGACGUGAUACGUCCCAUAGCACUAGCUAAGCUCGCCAGUGCGGCCAACGUCGAGGAGGCAUUCCGAUUUAUGGCGCAGGGGAGUCAUAUUGGCAAAAUAGUGAUACAAGUUCGCGAUAGUGCAGGUGCAUUGCAGCUUGGAAAUAUUCUUGCUCCAAAACAACAGGAGCUUCGACUUGAGAGCUCAGCGUCGUACCUUCUUGUUGGUGGACUUGGAGGACUAGGCCGUUCGCUCUCGACGUGGAUGGUCGAAUGCGGUGCCCGCCACCUCACAUUCCUGUCUCGGAGUGCCGGCGUCGAAAAACGUGACCAAGAAUUUGCGCACGAGCUGGAGAGUAUGGGAUGUUCUGUUACACUGGUUCGCGGUAGUGUAACAGACAUUCAGGAUGUUUCUCGCGCCGUGGAAGCUAGCAGGUACCCAUUGAAAGGCAUCAUUCAGAUGUCCAUGGUGAUACGUGAUGAGAACUUCUCACGCAUGUCAAUUGAAGAUUGGAAUGGCGCAGUCAAACCAAAGAUCCAAGGCACCUGGAACCUCCACAAUGCCGUUUCUUCCCGCGGGGAUGCGCUGGACUUUUUCAUCCUGUUCAGUUCGCUCUCCGGGAUUCUGGGACAGCCCGGACAAGCCAACUAUGCUGCGGCCAACACAUUUCUCGACGCUUUUUCACGAUACCGGACUAAAGACGGGCUACCGUGUACCUCGAUAGCGAUUGGCGCCAUGGAUGAGGUGGGCUAUCUAACACGAAAUGAGGAGUUGUUCCGCAAAAUGAAAGGCACAGGGUGGCGGCCGGUCCGGGAAGCCGAGCUCUUGAAUGCACUCCGAGUCGCGAUGCAACCACGCGCAGCCCAGACCCAAACGGAGAACGAUUCACGCAAUUUCAUGAUUGGAAUCAAGCCUACCGUACCGCUUAGCAAUCCCGGUAGCAGUGCACGACAGCGCAGAGAUAUCCGCAUGUCUGUCUACCACAAUGCGCCCGCUGCAGCGCAUGUUACGGGACAGUCUGCGAUCUCUGCCGACAACAGCUUGACGGGCCUUCUGGCGUCAAUCAGAGACGAUCCAAAUAUACUAAUAAAGCCUGAAACGGUAACCGCGAUCGCGCGGGGAAUUGGAGAGAAGCUGCUCAACUUGCUCCUCAAGACAAAUCAAGAUAUUGACACAUCAAUCGGGCUGAGUCAAUUUGGCAUGGAUUCAAUGGUGGCUAUGGAGUUGCGAGAUUGGUGGAAGGCUACUUUUGGUUUCAAGAUUGGUGUCUUCGAAAUAAUGGGCAAAGGGACCUUGAACGCAUUAGGUCAAACAGUGGUGGAUCGACUGAAGGCAACUCAAUAG